GAUUUGCAGAGAGAGCAGCAUCGAGUGUGCAAGGGGGGCACAAGCAAGCAAAGCCCGCUCCCCAAAUCCUGAGCGUGAGAACAGAAAACCACAACAAUUCCAGGCUCACAGCUGAGUGAGGGGUGGCUCCCUUUGUGUUGUGACUCAAUCCCCCCCCUCCCUCCCUGCCAGGGCUUCCGUGCCAGCUCUUCCUUCCCUGCGCAUGCGCUGUGGUGACGCUGAGCAUUCCCCUUCCGUUUUUUUUUUGGAGAGCAGAAAAACAGGAGAACAAAGUUGGAAGGGACCUCCGGAGGCCUUCUAGUCCAACCCUCUUUGUUGGAACCACGGUUAAUCCAGCCAAUCAAAACCUUUGAUUCCUGUUUUGCAGACCCUUCCUGCUCACCAGCUGGAUUUAAAGUAACUUUGGUGGGGGGGGGGGCUAAGGGGCGUUGCCUGGACCCUGCCUUUGUGGCUUCUCAUGUGUCAGCUCAACUCUUGGUGGUCUGAUGGAGAAAACACAGCUCCUGCCUGGCCUGGGAAUUUAUCCGCCGGCUGCUGGUGGUUUUUCCCCCCCUCAACUGUAAAUCAGAAUAUUUUGGGACUUUUCUGGACUCCUUUUAAGUUUUUGUUCCUUUUUUCUACCUUCGCUGAAAUCCUUAGAUGAGAUUUAUAGGCGACCCCCGGCAGCGUUCGCACGACGCCCCCAGACCCCAGCACCCCCGGCAUGACAUCAGGCAACGGCAGUGCUCCCUCCACCGUUCCCAGCGCCCUGCCCCAGAACGGGGAGAACAAGCUGCCCCCCCAAGCCAUCGUGAAGCCCCAGAUCCUGACGCAUCUGAUCGAAGGCUUCGUCAUCCAGGAAGGGGCUGAACCGUUCCCGGUGGGCCGAUCCUCCCUGCUGGUGGGGAACCUGAAGAAAAAGUAUGCACAGGCGGUUCUGGCGGAGAAACCCCAGCUGCAAGAGACCACCACCGACUCCGAGAUGGAAGACCCCUACCUCCAAGAAUCCAAAGACGAGGCGUCGCCCCCAAAGUUGAAGUGCGAGCUUUGCGGCCGCCUGGACUUUGCGUACAAAUUCAAGCGUUCGAAGCGCUUCUGCUCCACGGCGUGUGCCAAGAG